AUGUUGUCAUGUCACAUGACUCGCAGCUGUCACAAUGACUUUGGUGGUAACCAUCGCUACCUCAAGGCGAUGCUCCUCACUCCAACAACUCUCGCCUAUGGUAGAUCACGUACCUGCCGCGAAAGAACACGAUUCGGCAUCAUUGAUAUCACUUUCGUCAAUAUGGGCGAAGCUUUAGACCGUGGACUUGAAGGUUUCCUUCCUGGUGUCCAUCGAUAUCCAUACAAAGGAAAAGACGACUUUCCUAAUGUUAUGAACUAUGAGUUGACCCUUCCAGAUAGGCGUGAAUUCUUCCUCGUUACAAACCUCAGCCAACACACAUUCGAAGCGGACUUUUUCAACACCGAAGACAAGCCGUUUUCACACUCGUGGAAAGAAUACUUCUAUGACUCGCAAUUGCUUGUUGUCGAAAUGCUACCACGCGUACCACACGAACGAGCCAGUCGCAGAUUAUCUCAAUUUAUUAUGAGCGUGGCGGAUGCGAAUGCGCAGCUCUCUCCUGACAACUUGAUUAUACCCGACGGGACAGCUGCGGUUCAACUUGGCACAUCCGCUAAGUGCCCUGAUGAAUCUUUUCGUCCACUCUAUUUCGCACAUCAAGCUUUCCCAACUGUGAUUGUUGAGACGGCGUUUACUGAGUCUCCGCAAAAGCUUGAGCAAGAUGCCCGUCGCUGGGUGACGCAAUCGAAUGGGCAGGUUACCGUGAUUACGGUCCAUCUUGAAGAGUCGACGGAACGUAUUGUUCUCCAGAGGUGGGUCCUGGCAAAUGGUAGCCCUGUUAGGAGACAGGAGACUACCAUCACCAAUGUACGCGGCGCUAGAAGAAACGAGGGCGCAUCUGUUCAGAUAACGAAUGCACCGUUCAUCAUCCCUUACCAGGAGCUCCUCGCGCGAGCUCCAAGAAGCAGCAACGACCGAGAUAUCUCGAUCGACGUGAUGGCACUGGGUUUGUUGUGCGAACAAGUCUGGGCUUCACAGUAA